AUGGGCUUAGGCCCAAAAUAAAAGGCGAAGCCCUUUUAACUUUGUAGUUGAUUCAGAAAUUAGGGUUUUACACAGCCCUCAGCGUUCACUCCUGUCGAAGCCGAUUCUCCGCUCCUACGUUCUCUCGACUCAGCAGCCAUGGGGAAGACACGUGGUAUGGGAGCUGGGCGCAAGCUCAAGUCCCACCGCAGAAGGCAAAGGUGGGCUGACAAGGCAUACAAGAAAUCUCACCUUGGGAAUGAAUGGAAGAAACCAUUUGCUGGAUCAUCUCAUGCUAAGGGCAUUGUGCUUGAGAAAAUAGGUAUUGAAGCUAAGCAGCCAAACUCUGCUAUCCGUAAGUGUGCUAGGGUUCAGCUCAUUAAGAAUGGAAAGAAGAUUGCUGCUUUUGUUCCUAAUGAUGGUUGUCUAAACUACAUUGAAGAAAACGAUGAAGUGUUGAUUGCUGGAUUUGGACGUAAGGGACACGCUGUUGGAGAUAUUCCUGGUGUUAGAUUUAAGGUGGUGAAAGUGUCUGGUGUUUCGCUGCUUGCCCUCUUCAAGGAGAAAAAGGAAAAACCUAGAUCUUAGUCAUUUUUCCUGAUGAGUGCCACUUAAGUUUUGAUGAAUGGUUAAAACAUUUGAGUUGAUUUCGUGAACUAUCUCCUCUCUUUCCUGAAACGUAGUAUAGUAUUCUAGACUGCUGUUAACAUCAUAUUAUUGUUUUUCUUGUUUUUGGAUGUCGGGACUUAAUCGACGUUCUCUUACAUUCCCGUGCUCAUGAGCAAACCCAAGAGGGAGUUUUGAUGUGGUAUUUGCUUCAAGGUGAAA